AUGAAGCUGUUGCACCUAGGGCCAUUCAAGAGGUCCUUUAGUUUAGAGAAAAAACGUUUAAUAUCUUGUUGGCACUUCAAUGCCGGAUGCAAAACGGCAAUGUCCAACGUUAUCAUGGCCGUUGUGGUCAUGUUCACGUUUCUGUUCCUAGCACCGUUGUUCUACUACACUCCCCUCGUGGUGUUGUCGGCGAUCAUAGUUUCCGCAAUGCUUGGCCUCGUCGACUAUGAUGCCGCUGUUCAUCUUUGGAACGUCGAUAAAUUCGAUUUCCCCGUGUGUAUGGUCGCGUAUGUUGGCGUCGUUUUCUCGAGCGUCGAGGUUGGCUUAGUCGUAGCGGUUGUGAUUUCUGUGCUGAGAUUGCUGCUGUUUGUUGCAAGGCCGAAGACAUCCCUACUGGGAAACUUUCCGAAUUCGACGAUCUAUAGAAACGUCGAGCAAUAUCUGAAUACAAACAAUGUUCAUGGUGUUCUCGUACUCAAGAUCGAUGCUCCAAUUUACUUUGCCAACUCAAGUUACUUAAGAGAAAGGAUAAUACGAUGGAUCGAUGACGAAGAAGACAAGCUCAAAUCAACAGGGAAAACCAGCUUACAUUAUGUCAUACUCGAUAUGGCCGCUGUUGGUAACAUUGACACCAGUGGAAUAAGCAUGCUUGAAGAGGUCAAGCAAACUACUGACAGAAGGGAGAUUAAGGUAUUUUUUCCUAUGGCCAACCCUGGAGCCGAAGUGAUGAAUAAGCUCAACAAGUCCAAGUUCCUGGAAAAAAUAGGUCAAGAAUGGGUAUAUUUGACAGUAGGAGAAGCUGUUGAAGCCUGCAAUUACAAACUUCAUACGUGCAAACCAGCAGAAUCGCAGCCAUGGAACAAUGUCUAAGUUAACUGGUAAUCUUUAU